AUAUAUGUACCGGUACUUGUAUCUUCGCCGUCUGCAGCUUCAUGAAUGAUUCGUGUGUGUAGUAUUAAUUACGAGCACACAGCGACGACGCAACUUUUGAUGGGGACGAACGGCGGACUGUUCGCUGUAACUCUUUUAGUUGCUGUGCUGGAGCAGACAUGGAAAAAUCAUUGUGCAACAUUAACGUCGGGAACGAGGUAUACUUCUUGAGCACGAGCAUCCCUCCAGCCUCAACGAAUCAAGACUUUAGCAUUGGUGUGACGCUCAUUGAAGGAAGUUCACUAAAAGCAUGGACAGGAACGUUUGGAGACAUAGAAGAGAAUGCAAAGCGCAUUGACCUAGACGAAGAGGAGCUGAUCGACCUGACCCGUAAAGGGCUGACCCGACAAAACAUGGGUGCAAUCAAUUUUGAAUACCAGAUUAUAUCAUUGAAAAACAACGUUGAGCUCUCUUGGAAGAAGGUCGUUUCAUCUGUGAAGUUUCAAAUUGGGAAGGUCAUGCUGGAGGCAGUCAGCUCACCGCCUGAGGCCAUCAAAGACAUUCUUCUGCAUUCCAUCCAAACGAUCACAGAUUUGAAGGGCUCCAUCUAUCGGCUGGAAUCUGAGAAGGAUCGUAUUUCCAAUGAAAGGACACAAGCUUUGAAGCCUCCAGAAAUAAAACCUGAGCCAGCUUCAAGUCCAAGCCCAGUUCAAGUCUUAACCUCAGUUCCUGUCCUAAGCACAGUUCCAGACAUGAGCACAUUACCAGGCCUGAGCACAGUUCCAGGCCCAAGCACAGUUCCAGGCGCAAGCACAGUUCCAGGGCUAACCAUAUUUCAAAGUCUAAGCACAGCUCCAGGCCUAAGUAUUGUUCCAGGCCCAAGCACAGUUCCGGGCCCAAGCACAGUUCCAGGCCCAAGUUCAGUUCCUGGCCUAAGCACAUUUCCAAGCCUAAGCACAGCUCGAAGUCUCGGCACAGCUCCCAGCCCAAGUACAGCUCCUAAGAAACUAAUUCAAAAGACUUCUAAUCGUAUGGCGUGGAACAUUGCAGCAGACUUGCAUCUCGUCCGGGAGGUCGUCCUAACCCAGCCCUUCCAGCAUAGGGCUAAAACGAAGGAUCGCGGCAACGCGUGGGAGGAAGUCGCGAGGGCCAUGCGGAUCAGAGGCCACAAGGUCGACAAGAGGGCCGUCAGAGACAGGAUUAAAUGGAUGAUGGAGAGACAGAAGGAGAAAUCUAUGAAGGAGAAGAUGGAGGGGUGGAUUGAGGUGGAGGAGACGGAGGAGGAGCGGACGAUCCGUCAGAGUGUGGAGACGUUCAUCCAGCUAGAGGAGGAGAGAGAGCGUCUAUCGAAGGACAUGGAAAAGGAGGAAGAGGUGCCGACUCAGACGAUGGAUACUUCAGAGUUGUGGGAGAUGGUGUCCAGCAACCUGCACGAAGAAAAGAGACCCCAUGAUGAAACGACGGAAGUCAGCACGACAUCGACGCAAAGGACAACCAACAAACGUGGGAAGUACAAUGUCAUGCCAAAGAGAUUAAAAAAGAAACCGUGGAGGAAAGAAGAACAGUGGCAAAGGGAGGAAGAAAUAACCAGGAGACAAGAAGAACGCAGGAAGGACCGGAGGUUCGAGAUCCUGCAGGAGCAGCAGAUGCACCAGCAGCAGCAGUUUCAGAAGCAGCAGCAACGGUUGCAGCAACAGUUUCAGAUGCAACAACAGCAGUAUCAAGAGCAGCAGCAACUGAUGCAGCAGCAGCUACUCCAGCAGCAACAGAUCAUGCAGCAACAAGUCAACCAAAAUCAGGCAAUGAUGAUGGCGGUACUUAACCCUUCGAGCCAGAGAGGCCGAAGAAAGCCGACUGCGCAGUGAAGCUGCAGAUACCAUAAAGGACGGUAUUCCGGCCUGGAGCCAUGUGGCUAGAAGGACACCGUUGAGGGUGUGUACUUAAAAGAAACCAGAGCCAUUGUGAAAAUCAAUCUUAUUGGAAAGAGUAAUAUGAGAGGAGCACUUUACUACAAGUUUCAUCAAAAUCGGUCAUACGAGAGUUAUUGAAGGUUGAAAUGUCUUGUUAUUUCUAUGGGGAUCCUCAGAUUGGCAAACAUCCCUCAAAAUGACUGACUUUGUGGACAACUCUCCAUUUAUCUUGUGCACAAAUUGUUAUAUUUCCCUCAUUAUCUUUCAAAUCAUAUAUUGGCCCCUUCUGAGCACAGCAUGGGGGUAUAUAUAGUAGUGCCAGAAAGUUAGUGAACCCCACAACAAAAUGCAUUCCUUCGUGCCGAGUGUUGAAUGUAGACAACAACACUACAAUCUUGGCCGAGCCCAGAGAAACAAAUUGUAUUGAAUACGAUAUUUUAUCACCUGACUUCACACUUAAAUAUAACAUGGCAGAACUUGGGAUACUUUUAAAUAAUGUCUGUUCAUUCUCUGGUGGGGUUCACUAACUUUUAGCUCCAUUGUAAUUCACACCCCACAUGUCAAGGCCGGGAGGAGAAAAUCAGAAAUUAUGUAAAAUAAAGGGGAAAAUCUAAUCUACAAAAAAAAUAUGGAGGGUUGUGUACUAACUCUGCAAUUUUCAAGCAUGUUUGCCAAUUUGAGGAUCCAACAAGACUGUUCAAGCUUCCAUAACUCUCCUAUUUUAUCACAUAUUUUGAUGAAAACUGUUUUAAACUGCUCCUCUCGUUUUUCUUUUUUCCAACUAGGAGGAAUAUCUCCUAGGGUUUUUGUUUACUGACUCAGGGAAAAGAUAGAGUAAGAUUAUAGUUAUGAUCACACAGAGUCCUGUGAAUUUUACAUUUUUGGGCUCCGUUGCAUAACAGAAUGACGUUGCCAUCCAAUGGUAACUUGUAUGGAAUCCUUGAUUUUGACUGGCUGUUGAUAAGCAUCACCAUGGUAGUUUCCAUUGGAUGGCAAAGUUACUAUUAAAAUUUUAUGCAACAGGGCCCAGGUUACACAUGAGGACUAAUGUAUUAUCUCUUAACCCGAGACAUAUUGAAAUAGUGUGCGCCUGUCUGUAGAGUAGCUGUCUAUUUUACCUAGUACGUACAGUAUUUACAGUAUAUGUAAUUUAUUAAUUAUCUACACAGGUGACGUUUGAUUAAAAUUAUAAGGGCAUGUCUGUGCAGUAGCCAUUCAUUUUACACAUGGUUUGUUUAUGUGGAUUAACUCUUAAUAUGCAAGACAAAUCGAGAGUUCUGUCAAGAAUUGAUUCUUCAGGCCGCCUCACACCUCAUGACUAGUCUAUGACCAAAUCUAUUCAAUUCAAUUCAAUUUAAUAAUUCAAUCAUCAUUAGGUACAUGUACAAACAAUUACAUACCAAUAUAGAUAAUUAUACAAAUACUAAAUAUAAAAAUAAAAUGAUGGUUUGGUGACCCCGGAGAAAGCAGAGCUUAUAAAAAAGGGCCACCGAGUUAAAAUGUACACUGAAAAUAUACAAUAAAUAAUGAUAAUUACACUAAGUACACCGAUGCAACAGCCAGAAAAAAAGGGGGGGGGGG